UCCCAUACUCUGUUUUUAGUAGCUCUGGGUUAGGCGAUCUAUAUUGGGCCUGAAUGUUUUAUUAAGACCCAGAAGAUGCCUCUUCCCAGCUGAUCGGGCCUUCAUCAAUGUUCAUCAUGGGCCGUUUUCCUUAUUUUCUAAUUUUGCUGGAUUCUGAGUGGAAUCCAUCAUCUCACUAGAUAAAUUUGCCUCCCACACAGGAGAGAAAAUGAGCAAUCAACGCAUGCUAAAGUGGCUUCUUGCAUUGUAGUGACAAAGAUUCUCUCUCACACCCACAUGUGCUAACUAAGCAAACAGCCUUAUCUGAGCCAAAAGUCAAUUGGCGACUUUUUUAGUCUUUCUAGUUUCUUCCCUCUUGGGACCCGAAUCUGAGCAUGCUUCUUCUUUGUAGAAAGUAAGCAUCAUUGAACAUGGUGCUGUAUUUGACAACAUCUAUAAUCAGCUACUCUAUACAAAAGACAUGAAAGCUAAAAGACCCAACUCAAACCAAAGCAUUGGUUACUCACUUUCCUUUAAAACUUGUUUGCUCUCAUUGCUGUUAAGUAGGUGUGGUGCUAAUGCCAUCCAACAUGAGCUGGGAUUUCAUCUGGUUGUUGGUUUUCACUCUGUGUUGCUGCUCCUUUGUGCACAGUUUGAACAACACAGCUAGUGACUCGUUGAAUUCCUUGGUUCAGGAUUUUGCUUUCAAGUCACUGGUCAAACGCCGGCCUCAAACAGGUGCUCUGUAUGAUGCUCUUCUUCCGCAGAACCUGUCUGGCAUGGAUGUUUCAGUGGUAUGCCUCAGAAGCCGAAGGCUCUGGAACAAAGGUGCAAACUUUAGCUAUUUCCGGAUCCCACCAAGAACUGUGUCCAUACCCCAUGUCAAGAGGUUGGCCAUUGUGUACCAAAACUUGGGCAACUGGUCUUCCCACUACUACAGUUUGCCAGGUUACACACUUAUCUCUUCUGUUGUUGGCUUCAUGGUUUUUGAUGCAUCAAAUGUAACAGAUACUAGGGUCAGAAACCUCACUCUCAACACAAUGGGGCAUCCCAUAUCUAUUCAAUUCCCCAAUGUUAGCUUUAUAGGUGGUAUGAACUCAAGGACGAGAUGUGUGGCUUUCAUUGCCAAUGGAACAAUUCAACUUUCUGAGAUGAGCUCUCCAGGUGUGUGCUGCUCAAGAGACCAGGGUCACUUUUCAGUUGUUCUCCCGCUGCCGAAAAGGCGGCGACAGUGGUAUCUGUGGCUGAUUGGCUUUCUGAUUGGAUUUUUUGGGUUGAUAAUAGUAGGCUAUGUGGGAUUUUCAUCCAUGAGACUAGUCAAGACCAAAAGGAUACAAGCCAUGGAAAAACAAGCCAAUGAAGAUCUGGUUCUUGAAAGUAGAUGGGUUGGCAAUAGUAAAAUGCCUUCUGCAACAGUGACAAGAACUCAGCCAGCUCUUGAGAGCAGUGAUUAGAUCCUUGUAAUGCAAUCCUUUACCCAAUUAUCUUUUUCACUUUACUAAUACUAGUCUUUCUAUCAGUGCAUAUAUAAGUUAUAAAAAAGUCCAUCCACAUUCUGGAAGAAGAAAGCAUAUGUAUUUUGACCAUAAA